UAUAGUACAUUUUCAUUUCCACGGCCAAAAAUAAAAGUACAUAUAAUUCAUGUAAUAUUUUCACUUUCUUGUCUGCAAAUCCUCCAAACGUAAAAAUUUUCCAAGAUUAUAAUCCAAUGAUCGCCAUAUGAAUUCUCCACGUCUUUCACAUUCUCUGCCAACUUCUUGUUGGUUCCUUUGAUCAGGGCAUUGAACCUCCCUUGAUGGGUGCUCCGAAGCAAAAGUGGACAGCAGAAGAAGAGGCAGCCCUCAAAGCUGGAGUGCUUAAGCAUGGGACUGGCAAAUGGCGAACAAUACUUAUGGAUCCUGAGUUUAGUGCAAUUUUGCGUCUACGGUCUAAUGUUGAUUUGAAGGAUAAAUGGAGAAAUAUAAAUGUGACUGCAAUAUGGGGCUCCAGGCAGAAGGCGAAACUUGCACUUAAAAAGACUCCACAGACCCCUAAACAUGAUGAUAAUCCCAAGGCUUUGAGCAUUGUAGUUCAGGGAAAUGAAGAAAUUGUUGAUGCUAAGCCUUUAGCAAUAUCUAGUGGAACACCAAAGAAUAUUGGUUCAAAAGAACUACUUGCAAGGAUAGAUAAUCUAAUAUUAGAAGCUAUUACCACAUUGAAGGAGCCAAGUGGUUCUGACAGGGCUUCGAUUGCUUCAUACAUUGAGGAAAAAUACCGGGCACCCUCAAAUCUCAGGAAGCUAUUGGCAGGAAAAUUAAAGCUUCUGACUGCAAAUGGAAAAUUGGUCAAGGUAAAGCAUAAGUACAGACUUGCACCUAGUUCAGCAGUUUCUGAUGGAAGAAGAAACUCUCAACACUUGGCAGUUUCUGAAGGAAGAAGAAAUUCUCCACACUUACUUGUAGAAGGAAAGCAGAAGGAUUCUUCGAAAACUGAGAUGAAUACCACCAAAAUCCUGACUAAAUCCCAGGUUGAUCAAGAGCUGUCAAAGAUUAAGGGCAUGACUGCCCUUGAGGCAGCUGCAGCUGCUGCAAAGGCAGUUGCAGAGGCAGAAGCUGCAAUUGCAGAAGCUGAGGAGGCAGCAAGGGAGGCUGAGGCAGCGGAAGCUGAAGCAGAAGCAGCACAAGUUUUUGCAAAAGCAGCAAUGAAGGCAUUCAAGUAUCGGACUCGCCAUCUAUUAAAUGCUGUUGUCAGCAAGUCUUCCUAAAGAUGUUUGAGUUCUUGAAAUGGACUUUGGGCGGGAAACAUGCAAUGGACUGAAGUGGUGCAGCUGUAUGAAAGUUCCAUCAUGUCCAUAACUGUAAAUGUGGUUAGUCUUGUAAAAUCUGGGAAUGCAAAUAUUGAACCAUGAAAUCAUGUUCCUUUUGGUUGGGAACAUAUAGGGUUUUUUUUAUUUUGAAACUUUAUAAUGAGGUAAAAGAGUAGAUACCGGUGAUAGAAUCAGAAAUAGCCGAAUAGGACGCUAGAUUGGCUUAAGUUAUAUCAAUUAUGUGCACCUUUUCGAUGGUUAGUCAAUCUAGUGGAAGAGUGUUUUUGAGUUUCUCUCUCUAUCUGUA